AGCGACACAUCGACGAGAAGAAGCUCGUUCAAGUCACACUCUUUGAACUUCUCCCGGUGAACCACUGGAUUUCAGACGCCUCGGGCGCAACUCCGAAUUCAGGAUUCUCCACUGCUCCGAGCCCUCGCCCUAGAGGUCACAGGGAAAUACGGCAAACGACCACUCCUAGCCUUUGAGGGGUGAAGGCUUUCCAGGGACGCGGGAAGCGCGGCCGGGGAAUCUCACCACCAGUGGGCGUUUAGCGCAGCCAAGCGACGGGCUGGUGCCAGGGCUCAGCAACAGGGAGGCGCGGCUGAGGCGGGGAGAACUUUGCGCUCCGAGCAGAGCCACCCUUUGCUGGCCAGUCGCGUCGCUCCUCCGAGGAAGCAAACGGCGGCGGCGACUGGGCAGAAAAAGGACGAAAGGAAGAGAGGAAGUAGCAGGGAAGAAGAAAUAUGAAGCCAGCGCUGGGGGAGCGAGCAAGGGGGUGGCGGGCCAUGGAGCGAGACAGCUUUGGCUUCUUUUCCGCAUCCCGGGCGUGAGUGAACGCCUUCCCCUGCGCGACCCCAAGGAAAUAAGUGGGUCUUGCCUGGGUGGGAAAGGAAGCGAAAAGAAUCCAAGUGAGCGCGUUGCCUCCUCGGUCGCCGUUGCCCCCUAGGAACUCCGGCUGCCUCUCAGCCCAGUCUCCUCGCGGGAUCCGACGCAGUGCCCGAGCUGCCCUGCAGAUGGGGCGGGCAGGGAACGGGCACCCCAGCCGCGGGUGAGCGGCGCCGGCCCGCCCGCCUGCCCGGCUCCGCGCAGGAACCGGGCGGGCAGAGGAUGCGAGGCGCAAGGACCCGGGAGCGGGAUCUGAGACUGCCGAGGGCACCCUAGGCUCCCAUUUGGAUGGCCCAGAGACCGCUACAGCUCCUGGGACUGCUUCACCGCGUCGAGUGAGCUGCGCGCCGGACCUGGGGGCGGAGACCUUAGGCGGCGGCUGCAGAGGGGCGAGCCAGGAGCUGGAGGGGGCGCGCUUUCUCCCUGCGGGUCUCAGUAAUGAGGAGACUGAGUUUGUGGUGGCUGCUGAGCAGGGUCUGUCUGCUGCUGCCGCCGCCCUGCGUACUGGUGCUGGCCGGGGUGCCGGGCUCCUCCUCGCACCCGCAGCCCUGCCAGAUUCUCAAGCGCAUCGGGCACGCGGUGAGGGUGGGCGCGGUGCACUUGCAGCCCUGGACCACGGCCCCCCGCGCGGCCAGACGCACUCCGGACGGCAGUCGGGCGGGCGCCCAGCGGGAUGAGCCCGAGCCAGGGACUUGGCGGCCCCCGGCGCCCUCGCCCGGCGCUCGCUGGUUGGCGAGUGCCUUGCAUGGCCGGGGGCCGCCGGGGGCCCGGAAGCCCGGGGAGGGCGCCGGGGCCGAGACCCUGUGGCCUCGGGACGCCCUCCUCUUCGCCGUGGACAACCUGAACCGCGUGGAAGGGCUGCUGCCCUACAACCUGUCUUUGGAAGUAGUGAUGGCCAUCGAGGCGGGCCUGGGCGACCUGCCGCUCCUGCCCUUCUCCUCCCCUAGCUCGCCGUGGAGGAGUGACCCUUUCUCCUUUCUGCAGAGCGUGUGCCACACCGUGGUGGUGCAAGGGGUGUCGGCGCUGCUCGCCUUCCCCCAGAGCCAGGGCGAGAUGAUGGAGCUCGACUUGGUCAGCUCCGUCCUGCACAUCCCAGUCAUCAGUAUCGUGCGCCACGAGUUUCCGCGGGAGAGUCAGAAUCCCCUGCACCUACAACUGAGUUUAGAAAAUUCCUUAAGUUCUGAUGCUGAUGUCACUGUCUCAAUCCUGACCAUGAACAACUGGUACAAUUUUAGCUUAUUGCUGUGCCAGGAAGACUGGAACAUCACCGACUUCCUCCUUCUCACCCAGAAUAAUUCCAAGUUCCACCUCGGGUCUGUCAUCAACAUCACCGCCAACCUCUCCUCCACCGAGGACCUCCUAAGCUUCCUGCAGGUCCAGCUUGAGAGCGUUAAGAACAGCACACCCACCAUGGUGAUGUUUGGCUGCGACAUGGAAAGUAUCCGGCGGAUUUUUGAAAUGACCACCCAGUUUUGGGUCAUGCCCCCGGAGCUUCACUGGGUGCUGGGGGACUCCCAGAAUGUGGAGGAACUGAGGACAGAGGGUCUGCCCUUGGGGCUCGUUGCCCAUGGAAAAACAACACAGUCGGUCUUUGAGUACUAUGUACAAGACGCCAUGGAACUGGUUGCGAGAGCUGUAGCCACAGCCACCAUGAUCCAGCCAGAACUUGCUCUCAUUCCCAGCACAAUGAACUGCAUGGACGUGGAAACUGCAAAUCUCACUUCAGGACAAUAUCUGUCAAGGUUUCUAGCCAACACCACUUUUAGAGGCCUCAGUGGUUCCAUCAGAGUAAAAGGUUCCUCUAUCAUCAGCUCAGAAAACAACUUUUUCAUCUGGAAUCUGCAACAUGACCCUGUGGGAAAGCCAAUGUGGACCCGCUUGGGCAGCUGGCAGGGGGGAAAGUUUGUCAUGGACUAUGGAAUAUGGCCAGAGCAGGCUCAGAGGCACAAAACUCACUUCCAACACCCAAGUAAGCUGCACUUGAGAGUUGUUACGCUGAUCGAGCAUCCAUUUGUCUUCACACGGGCGGUAGAUGAUGAAGGCUUGUGCCCUGCCGGCCAGCUCUGCCUAGACCCCAUGACUAAUGACUCUUCCAUACUGGACAGCCUUUUUAGUAGCCUCCACAGCAGUAAUGAUACAGUGCCCAUCAAACUCAAGAAGUGCUGCUAUGGCUAUUGCAUUGAUCUGCUGGAAAAACUCGCAGAAGACAUGAACUUUGACUUUGACCUCUAUAUUGUUGGGGAUGGAAAGUAUGGAGCCUGGAAAAAUGGGCACUGGACUGGACUAGUGGGUGAUCUCCUGAGCGGGUCAGCCCACAUGGCAGUCACUUCGUUCAGCAUCAAUACUGCACGAAGCCAGGUGAUAGAUUUCACCAGUCCUUUCUUCUCCACCAGCUUAGGCAUCUUAGUGAGGACCCGAGACACAGCGGCUCCCAUUGGAGCUUUCAUGUGGCCCCUCCACUGGACUUUGUGGCUGGGGAUUUUUGUGGCUCUGCACAUCACUGCCAUCUUCCUCACGCUGUACGAAUGGAAGAGCCCCUUUGGCAUGACUCCCAAGGGGCGGAAUAGAAGUAAAGUCUUCUCCUUCUCUUCAGCCUUGAAUGUCUGUUAUGCCCUCUUGUUUGGUAGAACUGCAGCCAUCAAACCCCCAAAAUGCUGGACUGGAAGGUUUCUAAUGAACCUUUGGGCCAUUUUCUGUAUGUUUUGCCUUUCUACAUACACGGCAAACUUGGCUGCUGUCAUGGUAGGUGAGAAGAUCUAUGAAGAGCUUUCAGGAAUCCAUGACCCUAAGCUACAUCAUCCCUCCCAAGGUUUCCGCUUUGGAACUGUCCGGGAAAGUAGUGCUGAAGAUUAUGUGAGGCAAAGCUUCCCAGAGAUGCAUGAGUAUAUGAGAAGGUACAACGUACCGGCCACCCCUGAUGGAGUGGAGUAUCUGAAGAAUGAUCCAGAGAAACUAGACGCCUUCAUCAUGGACAAAGCCCUUCUGGAUUACGAAGUGUCAAUAGAUGCUGACUGCAAACUUCUUACCGUGGGGAAGCCAUUUGCCAUCGAAGGAUACGGCAUUGGUCUCCCGCCCAACUCUCCACUGACCUCUAAUAUAUCCGAGCUGAUCAGUCAAUACAAGUCACAUGGGUUCAUGGAUAUGCUGCAUGACAAGUGGUACAAGGUGGUUCCCUGUGGCAAGAGAAGUUUCGCUGUCACUGAGCUCCCCCCCACCGCCCCAUUUCCCCUCCCCCACGCCACCGGGCCCCCUGCCCCUCCCACAGCGUCACCGCCCCCGAGGGCUGACCCAGCUAGCCGGUGCCCGUUGUCCACAAUGGGAAAUGAGGCCAGUUACCCCGCGGAGAUGUGCUCCCACUUUGACCGUGAUGAAAUUAAAAGUUUGGGCAAGAGGUUUAAGAAGCUGGACUUGGACUCUUCGGGUGCUCUGAGCGUGGACGAGUUCAUGUCCCUGCCCGGCCUGCAGCAGAACCCGUUGGCACAGCGAGUGAUCCAGGUCUUCGACACGGACGGCAACGGGGAAGUGGACUUCGAGGAAUUCAUCGUGGGGACCUCCCACUUAAGUGUCAAGGGAGACCAGGAGCAGAAGCUGAGGUUUGCUUUCAACAUCUACGACAUGGAUAAAGACGGCUACAUUUCCAACGGGGAGCUCUUCCAGGUGCUGAAGAUUAUGGUGGGGGACAACCUGCAUGACUGGCAGUUACAGCAGCUUGUCGACAAAACCAUCAUCACCCUGGACACGGACGGUGAUGGCAGGAUAUCCUUCGAGGAAUUCAGUGCCGUGGCCAGAGGCCUGGAUGUCCACAAAAAGCUGCUGCUGUGCAUCGGCUUUGGUCUGUCCAUAUUGACAACCAUUGGUGAGCACAUAGUGUACAGGCUGCUGCUACCACGAAUCAAGAACAAAUCUAGGCUGCAAUACUGGCUCCACACCAGUCAGAGAUUACAUAGAGCACUGAACACAUCAUUUGUAGAGGAAAAGCAGCCCCGCUUCAAGACUAAGCGUGUGGAAAAGAGGUCCAACUUGGGACCCCGUCAGCUCUCCGUGUGGAAUACUUCCCAUCUGAGUCACGACAACCGACGAAAGUACACCCUUAGUGAUGAGGGAGCACAAAACCAGCUGGGCCUCGGGACCCACCAAGACAUCCCUCUCCCUCCAAGGAGAAGAGAGCUGCCUGCGUCGCUGACCACCAACGGGAAAGCGGACUCCCUGCACACAGCUCGGAACGCAGUGAUGCAGGAGCUCUCAGAACUCGAGAAGCAGAUUCAGGUGAUCCGGCAAGAGCUGCAGCUGGCAGUGAGCAGGAAAACAGAGCUGGAAGAGUAUCAAAGGACACACCGGACUUGUGAGUCCUAGGCAACCAGCUGCCCCCCUUUCUCAGUUCCUGGCCUCCCUCUGAGCCCUUGAGACACUUUGUAAUGCUCUUUUGUAACGACUGACAAAGGUGUGGGAACCUGAGGUCUAGGUCUUCUCAGAGGUCAAGUCCACUCUGCCUAGCCUACAAAGCAGCAGGAGUAGCUCUUCCCAAGCCCACUCCCUAGGUCUCCAGGGUAGCAGUCUUUCAGAGCAAGAAUCUUAAGUCAGGAGUGAACACCAAGGGAUCUGUGAGUAACCACACAACCCUAGCUCCUGUUAACCGUUUCACCAGGUGCCAGUCAUAUUUCUGGGUUUCAGUCCUUUCUCUGCCCUAGCAACAAGAGAUAAAAAAUGAUGACUUACACCUGUGUCUUACUGGGUUGUUGAGUUUAUUCUUAGUAGAGAGCAGGAUUAGCCAGGGUUGUGGCUUUUGAUACAAUUUCCCAAUCUAGAUGUGUUCCUGCAUUCUGAAUGGGACACAGGGUCAGAGCUAGAAAAAUUUAGGGUGGUGAGUGCUUAAAACGUUAACUGAACUAGUAUCACACCAGGCCAAGGAUUGAUUGGCUCAGGCAAGAGCCAUGGUUUUGAAAGGGUCCUGGAUCUCCAAUACCAUCCUGACUAACAUUUAAUGGGAACGCAUUUACAUGCCACUAUGACAGGGGACAGGGAUGUGGUGAGUGGUAACAGGAUAGAAUGAAGAGGCAUUAAAAAUGUACCCAUGCUUUUAGAACAAAAGCUCUGGGCCAGAAAAGCACUUUGGCUAAGGGACGAAUAGGACUAGACUUCUAAUCUAACAAAGCUUCUCCACUAUAGUGUGUGUGCCUUUUGUGAAGGAGAAGGAAAGGGAGAAAAGCAAAGCAAGGAUGUGGCCUUAGGAUAAAGCUGGAGUGUCCCUGCUUAUAGCCUGUACCUGAUAUGGGAGCUGUGGGUUAAGUGAAAAUAUCCUGCAAACCACGUACUCGGCCAUGUUCAGAUCGGCAGUCACCUAUCUCUUAGCUCUCAGAAUCCCCAAAGUGAACCUCAGGCUUGCGACCAUCACAAGCUUCACCAUCCAGGAAUGUGCCCUGUGCUUUUCAUAUCUGUAUUGAAAUCCCCCAGUCUCGCACCCACUCUCCUCCGAGGACCUACAAACAGGCUGGUCCCUCCAGUUCUCCCCCAGGCCCCAUCCAACGGCCCCAAGAAACUGAUAUCAGUAACUUGUUUUUCCCUCUGCUGAGCCAUCCCUUUCCUAGUGCACAACUGCUGGACAUGCAGAAAGCGGGAGGAAUAUGGGAACUAUGGAACUUCAGUUCCCAGGGUUAGGGGAGAUAGGAAUCAUUUAGGAGCUCAUUAAAAUGCUGAUUGUCAGGACCCUUCGCCAAGGAUGGGCGGGGCGGGAAAGAGACUGGAGGUGAACUCAGAAACUCCUGGUAACCAACACCCCCGGACGACUGACACAUAUGGUCCAAAAAUUACCCAUCAAAAAACAUUGUUCUAGACAUAUGACUGCCCCAGGCACAGGAAGAAGUGAGAAGAGUCUUUCUGAGAGUUCUUGAAACUUCGGGACACUCCUGCUGAUUCACCUUCCGCACAGCCACUCCCACCCCGGGCACCAUUUAGGACUAGACAUCAGUGUUUAUCAGUUAUUUGCUUUAUCUUAAUGCUCUUCACUGCACCCAAUCCAUCCGAAUGCCAACAGUGAGUCCGCAGCACUGUGCCGAGCCCUGGUGCUGUCACAGCCACAGACCCCUGCAAAGGCAUGGCACUCGCUACUUUUGGAUGGAACCCCUGCCUUUCCACCAAAGGUGACCCAGUCUCCCAGGCAAAGAGAACACCCUAAGCUGUAAUUAGAUAACACUUUAGCAGUUAGUUAUUGAGAAAACCCAGGGGUGGCUGCAGGCGCAGAGAUACUGAUGAGGGAGGGGGGAGGGCUCUAAAGUUAGACUUCAUCAACCUCCCAGAUGAAAGGGUUCCACAGCGAGGGAACAGGUGAGUCCUGGAAACAGAAAGCACCAGCCUGCUUUGAAUGAAAUACCCUCUCCGCCCACGUUCUCACCCCAGGCCCAGAAGUAGGUUUGCAGCUGCUUUGGGAAGAUUAUGCUCCUUAGCCAUCCCCUCCCACCUGCAACUGCUGAGGCUGCUGUAGAGACCCUGCCAUUCAUGCGCAGCCUGGGAGGCUGACUCCAGGUGUACCUCAACUCACAUAACAGCCAUGCUCCUCAUGUGGUACGUGAACGUUUUUAUAACUCACUUCCUGACUCUACUUGAGAAGCUGGCUAUUGCAAGGAACCCAGAGGCGAAUUCUUUUGUAAACAAUCCUUUUGUAAUGCAAUUAAUUAUCCCUUAGUGUAUCUGUUUUGUAAGUUUGGAUUUUUGUAUAUCAGGUUUACCUUAAGCUUCUCUACUGAGGCAUUCUGAGCAGGGGUGAUAACAUGCCAGAGCGCUCUGCCUCUCCACAAAGUAAAUGACCAAGUGCACAGCUCCUCGAGUAUCUUCCGAGGAACUACGGGGCCAAAACGGUGGCCAGGACACGGCAUGAAGCAGCAGGGACUGAAAGCAAACUUAAUGCCAUCAGCACUGCUUGAAAUGCCUCCAGGUUCUGGACAAAGAAAAACAAAGCAUAAUUGCUUGCGGUGAAAUGAAGCCGUCUUCAUGUUACGUAACAAUGGUCAUUUUUAUCAGUAGUGGUUGAACAGUGUUUUGCAAUUUGUGAAA